AUGCAGGAGGAGAGCUUGAAUGCUCUGCUGCAGAGCAGAACGAAUAGAAAAGAACUAGCAAGAAUAAAGGCGCAGAUUGCUAUAAAGGAGAAGAGGCUGCAGGAGUUGGCGGCAGAAAUAGAAAAAACCCCAAACUCAGUAGAGCUGUCUAUUUUCUAUUUGCUUCUGAAGCGAGAAAUAGAGAGGCUUGUGCGGAUUGUUAAAAUAAAAGAGCUGGAAAAAAACAGAGCGCUUGAGUUCCAGCUAUACGAAGAGAAGGAGAAAACGCCAAGCACAAAAGUCCAGGAAGAAAGCAGAAAUCCAUACCUCCAAAAGUUUAAGGAAAUAACAUCCAACUACUACACAAACUUCCCGUUUAUAAAUUUUAUGCAUCGGAACGUGCCUGUAGAGUACUACGUGCACGUGCUGGCAAAGAAGGAUUGCGGUGUAAUCGAGAUGGGCGGAAACUUAAUAGAAACCAAGAAGGGAUCGCUGUACUUUAUGAGAAAAAAGGAGGUUGAGUAUCUUUUAAGCAAUGGGUCAAUGGAAAUAAUAAAAAAAUAA